AUGGGGCCCCCGGGCAAUAGGGGAUCAUGGGCCCCUGUGUCCUUGCCCAAACUCAAAAAAGCCUAUGAAAAAGGUACCAGGGACAUCUCAUGGGGCCCCCUACUGACCCCGGGCCCUCGGGCGGUACCCGAGUUUCCAAAUGGUCAGUCCGCCCCUGCCCCCCUUAUAGUAUGCAAUGCCUCAAUCCAGAGCACUAAGUGUAAUUUUUGUCUGUUUUCCUAUUCAUCUCUUAUCAGAGUGAAUAAUUUCUUAUGAAUUUUCCUGACCCAAAGAGAAA